UGUUUGAUUUUGCAUUGCUUGUCCUGUAAUUGAAAAUCAAGUUGGAAGAUUUGGGAUGAAAAUCUGGUCAGAUCUUGCUUUGUGGGGGGUGGUGUGGAUUUUGGUGGGUCUUGCUUUUUUUUUUUUUUUUUCCCAAUACAAAGCCUCUUCUCUCCUCCCUUGCUCCUUCCAUAAUAAGUACACAACAAAGAAACAAACCACCAAACAACCACCAAAGGAAAAAUAAACUCUCCUUCACCUCCUCCUCCUCCUCCUCCUCCUCCUCCUUCUCCUCCUCCUCCUCCUUCUGAAUCUCAUCUUGUUUCAGAUCUUCUUGCAUUGGUCCCAAUGGGCAUGGCCGCAGCAGAGUCACGGUUUCAUGUUUUAGCUGUUGAUGACAACGUCAUAGACAGGAAGCUGAUCGAGAGGCUCCUCAAGACCUCCUCAUAUCAAGUUACUACAGUUGAUUCUGGCAGCAAAGCUCUAGAAUUUCUGGGCUUGCAUGAGGAUGAUGAAAGCAACUCUGAUUCACCAUCCAUUUUGAGGAACAAUCAUCAUCAGGAAUUGGAAGUGAAUCUCAUCAUAACAGACUACUGUAUGCCUGGAAUGACAGGCUAUGACUUGCUAAAGAAAAUCAAGGAAUCAUCAUCUUUAAAAAACAUCCCAGUGGUCAUCAUGUCAUCUGAAAAUGAUCCUUUAAGGAUCGGCAGAUGCUUAAAAGAAGGAGCAGAAGAAUUUUUCUUGAAGCCAGUGAGGCCAUCAGAUCUGAAAAGGCUUAGACCCCACAUGAUGAAAGCCGUAUCUAAGGAUCAGGAACAAGAGAAACAUGAAGACGAAGAAGAUGAUGAAGAAGGGAUUAAGUCACAAAAGCAUCAACAACAGCAACAACAGCAGCAAGAACAGGUUGAACACUAUCAACAACAAUCAUCACCAAGACCAUCAGGCAAUAGCAAGAGAAAGGCCAUGGAAGAGAGCCUUUCCCCCGACAGAACAAGGCCCAGAUACAGCGACAUUGCCGCUGUGGUCUGAUCAAGCCGCCCCCGGAAAUUCUUUCUCUGUUUUUUUUUUUCGAGGAAAAUAGUAUACACAAAGGAAGGGCUUUGGAUGCUGGAUCACGUAUACACGGUUGGACAAAAGAUGGAGAGACAGCUGCUUCGUGUACACACAUUCGACAUGGAGAUGGGUUGCUGCCAAUUUUGCUUCUGACGAUAUGGAGGAUGAUCAUCAGCACUCAUCAGAAAAAGAGGAAAACAAAAGACAGAGAGCGAGAGAGAACAAAAGAGAUGAGAUACUGUACUCGAGAGAAAUUUGACAGAUAGCUUGUAGAAAAGAUCAGAAUCACGAAUCAUGAACCAAUAUGUUGUAAAUCAAACGGUUUUGAAAUCUCUAAGUCUUUGGUUUGAUCUGCUCUAU